UUAUAUGGCCGAAACCGGCCGAGCUCGGCACUGUCAUCCCGCGGAAUGACUGGCAGGCCCCCCCUACAAACCUCUUAAUGUAGUUACAUAGCCAUGAUAUAGGACAAACGUCUAGGUGGGAGGGCGACUUGACCCAGAACUAUGGACUUGGUUGAUUGAUUGAAACAUGACACUCGCGUUGAGGCUGGCUGCGUCGGCAGUCCAGCGCUCACUGCUCGGAACUUCAAGCAAUGGAGCUUUGAUCGAAAGGCUCGGUCGCCUGUUGUCUGCGGCGCGACCGGCUGAUGUCGCAGAUGGGUUCGCUUUGCGCGGGUUUGCAACCAGCUUCAGCCCCGUCACGGAUGAGGAACAGAAAGGCCUUUCCCUGAUUCGCAACAUCGGCAUCUCCGCCCACAUCGACUCGGGCAAGACCACGCUGACGGAGCGCAUCCUGUAUUACACGGGGCGCAUCCGCGAAAUCCACGAGGUGCGUGGCCGCGAUGGCGUGGGCGCCAAGAUGGACUCCAUGGACCUUGAGCGCGAGAAGGGCAUCACCAUCCAGUCCGCGGCCACCUACUGCGCCUGGCGGGACAAGCAGAUCAACAUCAUCGACACGCCCGGACACGUGGACUUCACCAUCGAGGUGGAGCGGGCGCUGCGCGUGCUGGACGGCGCCGUGCUGGUGCUGUGCAGUGUGGGCGGCGUGCAGAGUCAGUCCAUCACCGUGGACCGCCAGAUGAAGAGGUACAACGUGCCGCGGCUGGUGUUUGUGAACAAGCUGGACCGCGCGGGGGCCAACCCCUGGCGCUGCAUCGACAUGGCCCGGGACAAACUCAAACUCAACGCCGCGGCGGUGCAGAUGCCCAUUGGGCUGGAGGACGCGCACUCGGGUGUGGUGGACCUGGUGGGGCGGCGGGCGUACGGCUUCGAGGGACCCAAGGGCGACAAGCUGACGUACGUGCGCAUCUACAGCGGCACCCUGCGCAAGGGCGACACCAUCAUCAACACCACCAGCAACAAGAAGGUGCGUGUGCCGCGGCUGGUGCGCAUGCACGCCAACGAGAUGGAGGACAUCGCGGAGGGUGAGGGCGGGGAGCGGCUGGCCAUGACCUCCAUCAGGGUGCCCGACCCUGUGAUGAGCCUGGCUCUGACCCCCUCCAGUGCUGAGCAGUACCCCACCUUCAUGAAGGCGCUGCAGAGGUUCCAGAAGGAGGACCCCACCUUCCGGGUGAGCAGCAACUCCGCCACGGGUGAGAUCAUUGUGAGCGGCAUGGGCGAGCUGCACCUGGAGGUGUACGUGGAGCGCAUCCGGCGGGAGGCCGAGUUCAACUACCUACACAAGCGCCAGAGCGGCGGCAGCGGGCAGUACGGCAAGGUCGUGGGCUGGAUUGAGCCGCUGUCUGAGGAGGAGGCGGCUGCGGGCGGCCCGGCCUUUGUGUUUGAGAACAAACUUGUGGGCACCGCCAUCCCGCCCGAGUUCCACAACGCCAUUGAGAAGGGCUUUGCGGAGGCCGCCAACAGCGGCGCCCUCAUCGGCGCGCCCGUGCACGGCGUGCGUGUGGUUCUGACGGACGGCGCCAGUCACGCCGUGGACAGCAGCGAGAUGGCCUUCCGCAUCGCGGCAGUGCAGGGCAAGGGCGAGUUCACCAUGGAGUACAGCCACCACGCCGCACUGCCGCGCGAGGCGCAGGCGGCGCUGGUGGGCGAGCUGGGCGGAGCGGCGGGCGCCCGGAAGGCGGCGGCGGCGUAGGGCGUGUGUGCGUGUAGUGUGUAGUAGUAGGAGUGGUGGUGGUGGUGGGAGAGGUGGUGAGGGGGGCGAGAGCGGGAGCUAGGCGGGAGCAGGAGGGAGCGAGGCAAGGCGAGAGUCGGGAGGGGAGUGGGCCGGGGGGUGACUGGAUGAGACACGGGGGAAGCGGACCCGCUGACAGGCUCACUGCACUCACUGGUGUGGGACCUGGCACCCGGGCCCGAAGUGGUCUGUGAUGGCUAGGUGGCUGCGGUGCUGCCCGUGCCGCCCGUCACGGCACGUCUGGAGCGCAAUGCGUGCGGCCUGAGGGCUGAAGCUGUGAUGCUGCGAAUGUCUACGGUAGGGUUUCGCAAGCACCUGGCUAGGGGCGUUGUCCGCGUGUGGGGGGGCGUCUGUGUGCUCAACACGCAUCUGGGGCUGGGCAGGCCGCGUGGCGGGGCCGGGCCCGACGGCGGCAGCGGCGGCGGCAAGCGUGUCCUAACGUGACGCGAGAGGCGAAGGUGGAGGAGAUGAGGGAUGGGGGCGGCAGGGAUGUCCUUUGCCUGGGCAGCGGAGGUGUGGAGGGGGGCGACGACACGCGCCAUUCGAGCAAGGGCGCGUGUCGUCGCCACGUCGUGCGGAGUGAGGCAGGAGCAAUGAAAGCGCCACGGUGUCUGUGCCUAAAACUCGUAGCCCGU